AUGAAACUAGCCGUCUUCAGCGCCAAAUCCUACGACCGCAAAUACCUCGACGAAGUCCGAGCAGCCCGGUUCACCGAGCUUUGUACCAUUGAGCACCAUGCAUUCGCCCUCUCGUCGGAGACGGUAUCACUGGCUCAAGGCUGCGAUGCCGUGUGCGCAUUUGUGAACGACACGCUCGACGCGCGCGUGCUCACCAUUCUGCACGGGUAUGGGAUCCGAGCGAUCCUCCUCCGCUGCGCGGGCUUCAACCACAUUGACCUCGUGGCGGCCGAGGCCCUUGGCCUCUUCGUCGCCAACGUGCCUGCCUACUCGCCCGAGGCUGUCGCCGAGUUCGCCGUCGCGCUGACCCAGACCCUGAACCGCAAGACGCACCGCGCCUACAACCGCGUGCGCGAGGGCAACUUCAACAUCGAGGGCCUGCUCGGCAGGACGCUGCACGGCAAGACCGUUGGCAUCGUCGGCCUGGGCCGGAUCGGCAUGGCGACGGCGCGCAUCUUCCACGGGUUUGGCUGUCGUUUGGUGGCGCAUGACCCCGUCGUCGACAGUGACAAGUUUCGGCAAUACGGAACCAUGGUCGAUCUGGAUACAUUGCUGCAGGAGAGCCACAUCGUCAGUCUGCACUGUCCGUUGACCGAGAGCACGCGGCACCUCAUCAACGCGAGCACGCUGGCGCGCAUGCGGCCCGGCGCGAUGCUGGUCAAUACGUCGCGCGGCGGGCUCAUCAACACCGAGGCCGUGAUCCAGGCGCUCAAGACGCGUGUCCUGGGUGGGCUGGCGCUGGAUGUGUACGAGGCCGAAGGCGAGCUUUUCUACAACGACCAUUCCGGUGAGAUUAUCGAAGAUGAUGUCCUGAUGCGCUUGAUGACGUUUCACAAUGUGCUCCUCUGUGGCCAUCAGGCUUUCUUUACGUCCGAGGCUCUCACUGAGAUUGCUGAAGCGACGCUGAGCAAUUUUGCGGAUUUCGUGGCUCGGCGGCCAUGCAAGAAUUCCUUGAUCAGCGAGGGAUAUGUUGUUUCUGGGGAUAGGGAGCCUGUUAGGCUGUAG